GUACUUCACGUUAAUGAUCGGAGUAUCCUUGGAUUUCAUGAAGCAUGGAUACAUGAAAAUAAAGAUGAUAUAAAAAAGUUAAGCUAUCAAAAAGCAAACGAUGUUCUUACAAAAAGUUGUAAAGACGAAAUGAAGAUACAGGAAGCCGAGAGACUUUUAGCAAAUAAGGCAAGCACAUCAUAUGGUAGAGUCAAUGAUGUGGACUGA